AUGGAGAAGAUGGAUACAACUCAAUCGCCUUCGCUAUCGAGCAGAAUUUGUACAAUUCAACAUGAAAAUCAAAGUACUACAACAAUUGAUAUGCUCAAAGACUGCUCACCAUGUAACAAUAAACUGAUAAAGAUCUCCGACAAGCACGCGAAGUUCUUGAUCGAAAAUCUCAAUCUAUUACGCAAACAAAAAGAAUUAUGUGAUGUCAUUCUAACCAUUGGACAAAGUCAAAUUCCGGCGCAUCGUGCUGUACUUUCUGCAUGUAGUCCAUACUUCAAAGCAAUGUUUACUGGUGAAUUGGCCGAAAGCCGACAGACCGAAAUCGUCAUUCAUGACGUCGACGAAUACGCCAUGGAAUUGUUGAUCGAAUUUUGUUAUACAUCGAGAAUUAUCGUCGAUGAGAAGAAUGUUCAAAUGUUACUACCAGCUGCAUGUAUUCUUCAAAUUGAAGAAGUUCAGAUUACCUGCUGUGAGUUCCUUCAAAAACAACUGGAUCCGACCAACUGUUUAGGUAUUCGCGCGUUUGCUGACACACAUUCAUGUCGAGAACUUCUACGCAUUGCCGAUCGUUACGCUCAACAACAUUUUACUGAUGUGAAAGAAAGUGAAGAAUUCCUCUGUUUACCGAUCAAUCAAUUGAUUGAUAUCAUUUCAAGUGACGAACUGAAUAUGACUUGUGAAGAAGAUGUUUUCAAUGCUGUUAUGCAAUGGGUAUCAUGUGAUUUACAACAGCGAAAACAAUAUUUACCUAAAAUCUUAGAACAUGUCCGAUUUCCAUUAAUGAAUGCACGAUUUCUUGUCACAACAGUUAGUUCAGAUCCAUUGAUACGUUCCGAUCAAGCAUGCCGAGAUUUAGUUGAUGAAGCUAAAGAUUAUCUCUUAUUGCCACAAGAACGAUUGAAUAUGCAAGGACCACGAACCAGAUCCAGAAAACCCAUUCGGUCCGGCGAAGUUCUAUUUGCUGUCGGCGGCUGGUGUUCGGGUGAUGCAAUAGCCAGUGUAGAAAUGUUUGAUCCUACAACAAAUGAAUGGCGAGCUGUAGCACCGAUGUCCAAGCGUCGAUGUGGUGUUGGAGUUGGUGUGUUAAAUAAUCUUUUAUAUGCUGUUGGUGGUCAUGAUGGCGUGAGUUAUUUGAACAGUGUCGAACGUUUCGAUCCUCAAACAAAUCAAUGGAGUAAUGAAAUCGCACCGACUAGUUCUUGCCGAACUAGUGUUGGCGUGGCUGUUCUUGAUGGUUGUCUUUUUGCUGUUGGCGGACAAGAUGGAAUCUCUUGUCUAAACCUAGUAGAAAAAUAUGAUCCAUCAGUGCAACGAUGGAUUCGCGUGGCGUCAAUGGGCACAAAACGUUUAGGUGUUGCUGUUGCUGUUCUCGAUGGAUAUCUCUAUGCAAUUGGAGGAUCAGAUGGACAAUGCCCGUUGAGUACAGUGGAAAGAUAUGAUCCCAAAGCGAAUAAAUGGUCAUCAGUAGCAUCGAUGAAUACGCGGCGAAAACAUCUGGGUUGUGCUGUAUAUAAUAGUUAUAUCUAUGCUGUAGGAGGACGAGAUGAUGCAACAGAGUUGUCCACUGCAGAGAGAUUCAAUCCCAAGACAAAUCAAUGGACACCUGUUGUUGCGAUGAAUUCAAGGCGAAGUGGAGUUGGUUUAGCCGUUGUUAACAAUCAUCUGAUGGCCAUCGGAGGAUUCGAUGGCGCUGCUUACUUGAAAAGUGUUGAAUUGUACGAUAGUGAAUCGAAUAGUUGGAAAUUACAUGGUGGAAUGAACUAUCGUCGGCUAGGUGGUGGCGUCGGUGUAAUUAAAAUUCAGCAAUUCGACUCCAUUCUCUAUGGAUCUAGUUCUACUUCUACGCUCGUUUCAACCUCACCAGAUGAUCUCAAAAAUCGUUCGAUUUCAACACUAGUUGAUCUGUGA